CGGGCAGCAACCCGGAAGCGCUGAGGGGAGGCGGCGGCGGCGGCGGCGGCAGCGCUCCCAGCCCCGGGGCAGCUUUGAUGUGCGUCGCCAUGCCUGACCACGCCGACCUCAGCCUCCCGCCGGAGGAGCGAGUCCGGAGGCUGAUCCAGGUGGGCAGCGCCGUGGAGGUGAACGAGGACAUCCCCCCCCGGCGCUACUACCGCUCCGGGGUGGAGAUGCUGCGCAUGGCCUCCGUCUACGCCGAGGAGGGCAACGUGGAGUGUGCCUUCAUCCUCUACAACAAGUACAUCACGCUCUUCAUAGAGAAGCUGCCCCAGCACCGCGACUACAAAGCUGCUGUCAUACCCGAGAAGAGGGAGACAGUCAAAAAGCUGAAGGAAGUAGCUUUCCCCAGAGCUGAAGAGCUCAAGGAGGAGCUGUUAAAGAGGUACGCCAAGGACUAUGCUAAGUACAAGGAGCAGAAGAAGGAGAAGGAGCUGGAAUUUGCACGCAGUUUGGCUCUGCAGCAGCAGCUGGAAGAGGAGAGGAACCGAGUGGCCCUGAUGAGGCAGCAGCAGGCAGAGCAAGAGCAGUUUCUUGCCUUCGAGGAGAUGAUUCGACGCCAGGAGCUGGAGAGGGAACGCCUGAGGAUAGUGCAGGAGUUUGGAAAGCCAGAGCCUGAGUCUCUAGAGGGCCCCCUCAUCCCCGGCGUGGAAAAGCCUCCCACGGAUGCAAUCCCAAAGGCUGCUGUCUCUCCGGUUUCCCCUGCCAGUCCCUCAGCAGGGACUGUCUCCUCCAGGCCUCCUGUUGUGGACAGAUCUUUGAAGCCAAGCACCCUGGGGAGCACAGACAACAAUGCCAGCUUAGAUGCCCUUCGCCAGGUCAUCGUGCCCAGGGAGCUCUGCCAGAAGUUCCUGCAGCUGGCUGAUGCCAACACUGUCAGGGGUGUGGAGACCUGUGGGAUCCUCUGCGGUAAGCUGAUGAGGAACGAGUUCACCAUCACCCACGUCAUCGUGCCCAAGCAGCACGGAGGCCCCGACUACUGCAACACCGAGAGUGAGGAGGAGCUCUUCGUCAUCCAGGAUCAGCAUGGCCUUGUCACCCUGGGCUGGAUCCAUACCCACCCCACGCAGACAGCUUUCCUCUCCAGCGUCGACCUGCACACACACUGCUCCUACCAGAUGAUGCUGCCUGAGUCCAUUGCUAUUGUGUGCUCUCCAAAAUACCAGGAGACAGGGUUUUUCAAGCUGACUGAGCAUGGGCUGCAGGAGAUCUCCUCCUGCCGGCAGAAAGGAUUCCACCCCCACCCCAAGGACCCUCCUCUCUUCACGACCUGCAGCCAUGUGUCAGUAGUCGAGAGAGAUGUGGUCCUGAUGGAUCUCCGAUAGGCCUCUUGCCUUAAGCACUGACAGGAGACCUCCCCCACACCUUCCUCCUAGGCCUAGGGAAUUUGGGGGUUUGUCCUCCUGUAGCAGGUGAUUUCUGCCGUGUAGUGCCCCUGCCCCUUCCUCCCCCAGGAUCCACGGUGGAAUCACUGCCCUGGCCUCAGUGGCAGCACCUUUGAAACCUCAGUGCCUGGCAUGGGGCUGGCAGAGCAGUGCUGAGGUUCAGGGUGUGAGUCUGACUGGAAAUUCAAAGGCAGAAGCCAACACUGGAGCAGUUCUUUAAUACUCUAAGUUAUGGUUUGAAGAGCUUCUUGGCAGGAGGGAAGCUUCCCUGUGAUUUGCUGCAAACUGGAGGUGUAGAAACCUCUCCCAAGUGCUUUCCAAAGUGAGGCUUGCCCAGGUGAACCUCUGCUUUGUUCUCUCCCUCUUUCUGGGUUGCUGUGGGCUGGCUGGAGCGGAGAAGACUUUGCUCUAUUGUAAGGUGGAACCUUCCUAAGGCCUCUCACCCCAUCCAAGAGCUUCUCACCCCAUCCAAGAGCUUCUCACUGCUGGUACAGAGUGAGUCCUGCUGGCUGGAGUGAAGAAGUCUUUGCUGUAGUGUAAGGUGGAGCCUUCCUAACCCCUCUCACCCCAUCCAAGAGCUUUUUGCUGCGGAGCCAGAGGGAAUCCUGCUGGCUGCUUCUCAGGUCUUUGUCUGGUGAGGUCAGAAGGGUCCCAGCCUCCUUUGGCCACCCUGUUUCAGCAUUUCAGAGGAGAAGGUGGCUGGAUGUGGCACUGCCCUGCAGAAGCUGCUUCAUUCCAGCAGUGGGGAGGGUGUCUGGGGGAGGGAUUCUCUCUGGCCCUUGGGCAGCCAAGCCAGGGCUCAAGGCCAGCCUGUUCUGGUGCUGCAGCGUUGGAAGCUCUGCCUGCAGCAUGCUGUGCGAAGGCUCUGCAAGGUCACCGCCCCUCUGAGCCAGGACUCCAGCAGCUUUUGCCACUUCAAUCCUCGCAGCUCACCACGCCCAUUGCCUCCACACUCCUCGGAGCAGUCUGAAGUCCUUGCCAAAACCAAGUGCCCUGUGACGUCGCCGUUACGCAGUGCCCCAGCCGGGGACCUCCCCCGAACGCCUUUGGUGGGACAGGAUCCAGCAGCCAAUUCCCAUCCCUGUGCUACCCAUGUGGAACCUCUAUCCCUGCUUCUGCUGGAGGGGUAGGGGGAGAAGCUGUGCUGCAAGGUGGAAAGCAUCUGGCCUCAAAGGGCUGAGCGUGACCCACGGCAUCUCCACAUCCUCUGGCAGGAUGCUCUGGGGAGCAGUGCGUGGGGAAGGGAGAGAGGCUGCAGCUGCCAGCCCACCUGGUGUGCAUCCUGUGUGUUCUCCAUGGCAUGUCCUUGUCCUUCCACACACAGCAUCCUUUGGUGUUCACUUAACACAGAUGGAUUGGAUCAUCCUG